CGAAAUCACAUAGUAUCCACAUCUUCCACUUUGUAUCCUCAUCCUCUCAUGUCCAGCUAUAGUACAACAACAGUAAGACAAGAAGGUUUUCAGCUUCCUUCACCUGCACACACCGUUUCCUCCCUGUCAGAGACGCCUACCUCACCCCCUCCAACCUCUCCCAACAAUCUUUUCAUGCCACCAAACCUAUCUUUUCUUCCUGACUCAUUUCGUAAAUUUCCAAGCGCUGCUCAAGCUCAUUCUCAUCAUCAACCUGCAACACCAAGUAGUGCCAUCGACUUCGCCGACGAUCUUGCAACACUCAUCGACUCGCACCCGCACCAUGCAUCGCACGAACGCAGUACAUAUGAUGCAGACCCGUACCGUCACAAUAUCUUUGAUAUCAGUGCUCCUACAACUACUAGCCAUUACCGACCUCCAUCAUCAACCGAUAUCUAUCCAAACAGCCAACAACAACAUACCAAUGAUCUCCAUUUUAACAGUACCCUUCCUGCCUUAAAUAGCAGUAUGCGGUACGAACCACACCCAGAUCCGCCAUCACAUUUCGCGUACCGCCACACCCCAUCCCCGCACAACCCCAACUCACCCAGCCGUAGCCGUUCACGCCCCCCAAGCAUCGGCCCCACCCGAACCUCCCGCCGCGAUCGCCGAGCUAAUAGCAUUAGUUCACAUGUAUCCGGCACUUCACCACCCCCACCCCCCCGUCCUCACGCCAUAGUUAUCCCCGGUAGGGGUGGUGGUUCAACAAUGGGCGGGUUUUUUGUUCCCGGUCAAGGCGAAUACUCGCUUCCCACACCCGACAGUCUCACUCAUUCCUUUGGCGGGUUCCAGGGAUAUAAUGCGGCAACCACUUCAUACCCCACGCAACCCGGUUCAUUUGCUUCGCAAAACAAUGUGGCUGUAAAUUAUGGUAGUUUUAAUGGCCGUACCGGAACUCCUAGCAUGGGAAUCAGUCCCAGUGAAGUCUCUACUUUGGGCAUGCUUGGGAGCAGCACGACUUCUCCCCCUCCCUCUACCAAGGGAAAGCAUGAUGGCGAUGGUCUAUCAGAAAAGAGACGAAGAAGGCGGGAGAGUCAUAAUGCUGUUGAGAGAAGGCGGAGAGACAACAUCAACGAAAGAAUCGGCGAGCUAGCAGGGCUAAUUCCAGGGGUGUUGUUUGAAUGUGAUGCCCCACUCAUUGCUCCAACAUCCCCCACACUCCUCAGCGCAACUUCACCUACAGUGGAAAACAGCGAUCUCUUCUCACUCCCCCUCCUCCCGGAUGCAGCAAACUCUGAUGAGGGUCUCGCUGACGUUCCUGAGCAUGGGGUACCCGGCGCUCCCAACGGGAAUGCUGUGAAAAAGGAUCCAAGCGAAGAUGGAGAUGAUGGCCGAGGUAAUGCGAAUGGUGGUGUGAAUGGCGGUAUCCCUACGAACGGGAUCACUACCGCAAAUGGCUCCGAACCGCAAAUGAUCAAGGCAAACAAGGGGAUGAUUUUGAGGAAGUCCGUGGAGUACAUCCGUUAUCUCCAACAGCUCGUCAGCGUCCAAGCUUCACGCGGCCGAGAUCUCGAAGAGCGCAACCGCACUCUCGAGCGCGAAUUGGCAGCAAUCCGCGGAACCCCCACCCCCUCCUCCCGCUCUGCCUCAAACUCAAACUCUGCAGAAUCAUCCAGACUUUCCCUCGUAUCGUCACAAACGUCCCUGCCACCCUCAUGGGAAGCUGAGAGGAAGUGGGAGAUGGACGUUGAGGAUCGGGGCGAGGAUGAAGAACGUGGUCGGGGGCGCGUGCGUGCGAGGAAAGAGGAUGUUGGUUCAAAAAUCCGGGAGGAUGAUGUGGUCAUUGGGGAGGAGCGCAAUAUGGAGAUAUGACGGUCUCAGCUGGCAACAUCGCAGACGCCUCGCAUAUCUACACCCAUCAGCUCUGGCACAUCCACUUCAUCAUGCUCAUGCUCACGUCCCUUCAUGACUGCACGAUAUUCUUUCAUGUGUUUUUCCCGCGUUUUAUCUGUCUUUUAUCACCUGCCUCCCAUGCACACUGUAUCAUUCAUAGCCAUGCUUUGGUUUCCUGUGUUA